AGUUUCCCUUCUAGUAUUUCUCACCGCGUCCGUCUGUGGAGAGGGCAAAGCUGAAAAACGUAUAGGAACUGAAAAUCAAAAUUUGUUUCCUUCCGGACGCAUUAAGGCGGUCUGUCUUCAGAAAAAGCGCCGCUGCAUUCUCACGUUCAGUGUGGUUGUGGAGAUGGCGGCUACAAAAGUUCCAGAGGUUCGUGACAUCACACGGAUUGAGAGAAUCGGGGCUCAUUCUCACAUCCGCGGCCUUGGACUGGAUGAUGCUUUGGAGCCAAGACAGGUGUCUCAGGGACUGGUCGGCCAGCUGGCCGCCCGUCGUGCAGCAGGGGUCAUCCUGGAGAUGAUUAAAGACGGCCACAUUGCUGGCAGGGCAGUACUGAUCGCCGGCCAACCUGGCACAGGAAAAACUGCCAUCGCUAUGGGAAUAGCACAGUCGCUGGGGCCUGACACGCCCUUCACAGCUCUGGCCGGGAGUGAGAUCUUCUCCCUGGAAAUGAGCAAGACGGAAGCACUGAGCCAAGCUUUUAGAAAGGCAAUCGGAGUGAGAAUCAAGGAGGAGACGGAGAUCAUUGAAGGAGAGGUGGUGGAGAUCCAGAUUGAUAGACCCGCCACUGGAACGGGUGCAAAAGUGGGCAAGCUGACGCUAAAGACUACUGAAAUGGAGACUAUAUAUGAUUUGGGCAACAAGAUGAUUGACAGUCUAAGCAAAGAGAAAGUACAAGCUGGAGAUGUCAUCACCAUUGACAAAGCCACUGGCAAGAUCACCAAGUUGGGACGCUCUUUCACUAGAGCCAGAGACUAUGAUGCUAUGGGAGCUCAGACAAAGUUUGUCCAGUGUCCUGAGGGAGAGCUGCAGAAGAGGAAGGAGGUGGUGCACACAGUGUCGCUCCACGAGAUCGACGUCAUCAACAGCCGCACGCAAGGCUUCCUGGCUCUCUUCUCCGGAGACACGGGAGAGAUCAAGUCCGAGGUCCGUGAGCAGAUUAACGCCAAAGUGUGUGAGUGGAGGGAAGAGGGAAAGGCGGAGAUUAUUCCUGGGGUGUUGUUUAUCGACGAGGUUCACAUGCUGGACAUGGAGUGCUUCUCCUUCCUGAAUCGUGCACUAGAGAGUGAUCUGUCCCCAGUUCUCAUCAUGGCGACCAACAGAGGCAUCACUCGAAUCCGUGGAACAAACUACCAGAGCCCUCACGGCAUCCCCAUCGACCUCCUGGACCGUCUGCUCAUCAUCGCCACCUCACCUUACACAGAAAAAGAAACAAGGCAGAUCCUAAAGAUCCGGUGCGAAGAAGAGGACGUGGAGCUGAGCGAGGAGGCCCACACGGUCCUCACUCGGAUCGGCAUGGAGACGUCGCUGCGCUACGCCAUCCAGCUGAUCAGCACGGCUGGGCUGGUGUGUCGUAAACGCAAGGGGACGGAGGUCCAGGUGGAGGACAUCAAGAGGGUUUACUCACUCUUCCUGGAUGAGGCCAGGUCCUCCCAGUACAUGAAGGAGUACCAGGAUUCCUUCCUCUUCAAUGAAACGCAAACGGCUUCCAUGGAUACGUCAUAAUGGAGACUUCCCCAAAGUGUUUCUUGUUUUUCCCGUUAUCCACAGUUAGUCUGGUUGAAUUGUAUUGUUUCUACUACAAAAACGGGAAAUUAAUCUGUGAAUUUUCUCAAUUUUGCUUAAAUGUUGCAGCUGUCGGAGAUGGAAUUCAUGUGGAAAUUUGGCUAAAAAAUUUGGCCUUUUUUUUGAAUGACCUACGUAAUUAAUGCCUUGUUCCUCAGAUAUUCAUUAAUUUUAUGUUUAUUUUGUGAAUCCUGUCUUUGGAUUUUUUUUGACAAAAAAAUAAAACAAGCUUUUAUAAUUA